GGUCAUAUUUUGUGUUACUAGUUUAGUAAUUUAGUUCAUUCUUGACUUCUUGUAAUUUGUAAAGUUGUAAAUAAACUAGAUGAUAUAAUGAAAUAUCUUUGUUUAACUUGAGCCCUUAAGCUCUGAUUUACUUUUUGUAUCAAGACAUAUAUUUAGAAAAUAUUAAUAUGUAAAUAUACAAAAAACAAAAAUGUUAUAUAUGUACUUACUGUAAUUAGUGAAAGUAACAAACUGCAACAAACUCAUCAUGGGAAAAACUAGCAAAGUUGUUGUUUGCGGAAUGAAAGGAGUGGGUAAAACUGCGAUUUUAGAGCAGCUUAUUUAUGGCUGUGUUAAUUUAAAAUCGUCGUUCUACCCAACAAUUGAAGAUAUAUAUGUUGCUAAUAUUGAGACUGACCGUGGUACUAAAGAACGGGUAUGUUUCUAUGAUACAGCUGGUUUGGAACCACCGCUCACAGGCGAGUUAAAAGGACCUCCACAAUCUCCUACAAUGCAGCUAACAGCUAACCAAGUUCUUCAGAGACACUACCUAGGUUUUGCCGAGGGCUUUGUUAUGGUGUAUGAUACUACAAGACCUGAAUCACUUGAUGUACUUAUGUAUUUAAAAAAGGAUAUUGAUAGAAAUAAAGACAAAAAAGAGGUUGUAAUGCUAGUCAUUGGAAACCGUACAGGGCCAGAUGAUGUGAAUUGCCUUGAAAAUACUUGUUCGAAGGCAUCAAAUUGGUGUUCAAAAGAAAAAAUUCGACACUUUGAAGUAUCGGCCAUGGACCGACCAUCAUUAUAUGAACCAUUCAUAUUUAUGACAACCAAACUUAAUCCGGUACAAAAUAAGACAGCUUUCCCACAACUUAGUACGCUUAGUAAGUUAACACAGAAGAAUAAUAGAAGUGAAGCAAUGUAACAUCUCCUCAAUCUAUGCCCUUUCUGCUAUCAUCCAUAAGGUAUGUUCCUACCACUGGUAAAAACUGAUUUCAAACUUUAUUUUAGUUUUAUUGUUAUUCUUGUUACUACAAAUAAAAUAUAACACAGCGAAGAUAAUUAUGACAAAAACAAAAUUAUUUAUUUAUUUUAUUUCAACAAAGAACUUGUCACCGUUCACCCUAUUACAAUAGGUAUUUACAGUACUACAAUAUAUACAAAAAGGGUAUAGUAAGAAGUAUUAGAUUAAUAUAACAGACUUAUGGCAUCUACUCUGAACUAAUAAAUUAUAAUUUAAUUUAACUAAUUAAUUAUAAUAAAAAUUAUUUUACUUGCAUCGGAAAGAAUUGUUUAUUUUAAUGUAUUUUAUAGUUUAUAUACGAUGUUUGAUGGAAACCUGUCUGAAACCAGUUUUUACCAUUACUAAGAUUUUGUUUAAAAGUUUAUGUGCGAGUUUAAAGUCACGUCACUCAUCAAAGCUUUUUUAAUUAUUUAUAGUCUAUUUUAUGGAGAUCUGGAUUAUUUAAGUCUACAAAUGUACUUAUAAACUGUUAUUGAACAAUACUAUAAGAGAGUGUGAAUGUUAAGCGAAAAA